UUUCACACUUUAAAAUUUUGUAUAUUUUAUUAUUGGAAACGGUUGCUUAAAUUUUAUAAUAUGUCAAUAUUGGACAGAAUACCUAAAUUGGAAGUAUGUUGUGGUUGUGUCACAGAUUUGAAAACAGCAGCUGCUAUAAUUGCAGUUUUAGGGAUUGUGACGAGUCCAGCGGUGUCGUGGGCGAUCGUGCGACACGCUUAUGUGAUCAAAGUAACUUGCGCUUUGACCGCGAAGUCGUCAAGCCCCGACGUAGUUGAUAUCAAUCUAAAUAAUGGUUUGAGUUUCGGUUUUGGUGGAAACUCGGGAAUGGGUUUUGGUUGUUUGAAUAAACCUAAAGAAAAGAACAAUACGUUCUUGAGGAGACAAAAUCCGGAUAACGAUGAGACUACAGAAAAUUUCAUUCUCUUUGUCAAAUACAGUGGCUGGAUAGUGCUUAUAGCUGACGUGGUGUUCCUUGUUAGCAGUAUAAAUUUGUUAACAAAGUUAUUCCAGGGUUCAGACGUGAACGCCACGUUUAUAUUUCUUGUAGCUGGGUUAGUUUCAGUGCUCCUGACGUUUAUCUACGGGAUGACUUACGUGGGCAUCUGCGUGUUCGUGAGCGGCAACUUUCCCGUAUUAGAGUUCCUUUUUGCAAUUGUAGAUUUAUUAUUGUGGAACUACUAUUUAAUAGUGGUGUUGUCCUACAGACGAAGAACGGUAUAGAAGAUACGGAAUAUAAUUCGUGGGAAGAUACAAAAUGAAGGGAGUGAUAAAAUAACUUUAUAAUAAGCAAGUAAUAAGACAAAGGGACAAAGAUUUUUUUGUAAUAAAAUAAAUUUGUGUGUA